AUGGAAGAAGGAACCAAGUGUGAAAUCGAUGCAGUCGCUACUUUGGUUGGCAAAUUUUUGCCAUUUUAUUACCCAAAUUUAAAGUUUGUAGAAGAAGGGGCGCAUGUUUUACACACUGACAACAAAUCAUUAGUACUUGUAUCGCCAGACGGAAGCCUAUCUCAAAUAGAAAUUAAUUCUACUAAAUCAGAAGUGACAAAACUUGCCUGUGAAUUCAAGUGUCCAUGUCCUACAGAUUAUAAAACACCUGUGCAUUAUGAAAUUCCACAAAGGUACAUUCCACAAAUACUAGGAGAAAUGGCUGCAUUGAUAACACCCGAUCUUCUUUAUUUGAGCUGGACAGAGGAAAGUACUAUUGUAAUUAAAGCCAAAUUUGAUGAGGAUCUGUGGAACAUUAAGGAAUCAGAAAUUAAAAAACUUGUAUGGCACUCCAAUACCGAGAAAACCUACCCGCAUUUCUGAUAACGUCAAGAAUAUAAAAUUAAGAAUGAAAAGCUACAACGACAACUUUACAGAAUUCUUGUGUGAGGUUCCGUCGUUGAAAGGGACGUGCACAGAAAUUGCACAAACUAUUCCGGAGUCGCCUUACUUGUUUCCCAUACAUAUCGAGACAAUCUCAAUCCCUUUAAAUAACAUGGAUAUAUUAUUUACAGAAAUAAUAUCGUCUUUACGCAAAGCCUUCGAGAUAUGUAGGAAGAAAGCUAGUGAAGUUCUAGUGUGGUUGUUAAGCGAUACAGAUCGUAAUUGGAAUGAGGAAAUCCCCCAUUCACUUCCCAUUGGUUAUGCUAUGAAAGGGUGUAGCUUGCCCACGUCGCCAAUGCGGAACAUGCACAACGCAAUGUUGCAGGCAUGUUAUGACAAAGACAUUCAUAUAGCCUGUAGCUGUUUUGAUAGCCAGUGGGUUAAACUGGCAACACGUGACGCAAGUGACAAGCCGCUUACAUUAUUACAAUUACAGAGAGACGUGAGUGAAAAGUCAAGAAAAACCAGUAGAGACGUAAUUCUGAACGAGUUGACACGAACCCCAAUUGCUCAGACUCUUGAAGAUUUGACAAUAGAUAAGAAAGACAAAGGAGGGUAUUAUGUUUCCUGUUCUCUCUAUUCGAAAAUCAUCAGAUGUUUUAUAAGUUACAAGCAGAUAA